GCUCACGUGACCUCCAGGCGCGAGAUUAAAUUCAAACGGCCGUGUAGGAGGAGAUCAGGGAGUCGGUUGCGUCGUUUCUGCGGGAGAAUCUUUUCCUUGCAAGGCAAGCGGGUGGGAAAUCAAGGAAAGUUGGAAAACUGAAUUCUGUCAACAACAAAAAAAUGGAAGACAAAGAAAAUGCCACUGUAUCUACGGGUAUAUGGAACGAAGGAGACAGUAUACUUGAAAACGCUUUUGUUUCCCCUAAAAACUUGAAUACCCAUGUACUAAAACAAAUUAAGACGGAUACAAAUUGUAAUUCUCCAAACAAUACAACAGUAGCAGAUCCUGAAUCUGCAGCAGUAAAAUCCAAGGUUAUGUCAUUUACUCAGACCUUUCUACAGAAAGCAAACAUAAAGAAACAAAUAAAAGCAGAAGUCUCCAAUUCUGUUCCAUGCAUUUCAGAUAAACGUAUACUUGGCUCAUAUCGUGGAAAAAUAGUUUCUUCUAAGGUAAACUCCUUCAGAAAAGUUCCAGCAAAUGAGCCUAGCAAUUCUCUGCCUAAAUCAGGAGUAAAAUCAGCCACAACUAAUAAUGCAAGUAUAAAGGAUGCUAAAGUCACUGGCAACACCGGUGCUCCUAAAGUCCUAAAUUCCAAGCCUCUUCAGACCAGUACUGUGAGAGUUUCUGUUUAUCAUCCCAAAACUAUUUUGAAUCAUGAGAAACUAACUAUUAGUGGUGGCACAGAGAAUACUGAGGCAGCCCAAAAGAACUCUUCCAGCAACCGGAAAUCACUAUUAAAGACUGUUCCAGUCAAUGCUAAUAAUUCUGUCCCAAGGAUAAACAAACUUGCUUCAUCUAAAACUGUAAGUGGAAGCCUAAAAGUGCCACUUUCUGAAAGUCAUGCUACUUCAAAAUCAAUUAAAAAAGCUCCGACAUCUGUAGAUGUGAGAAGACUUAAGCUAGCUGAAUGGCAGGCUUCAAAAGGGAUAAAGAAGGUACAUAACAAUGUACCUGUAAAUAGUCAGCCUAAAAAAGCAACAUGUCAGCAAACUAUCAAAGAGCCAGCUGAAUCUUUUUGGGCUGCUAUCGUUGAAGAAGAUGAACAAGGACUACUUAAUGAUAAGGUCAACAAGACACUUGCAGAAUGUGUGGAUCUCAUUGAAAAGGGUUUUGUAGGUGAAAGAGUAUAUUCCAUUUUGGAAAACCUGAUAGUGAAAAUACCAGAAGCAAAAAAGUUUGCUAAGUAUUGGGUGUGCCAUAUGCGUCUUGAGCAGUUUCGCUCCACAGAAAAAGUAAUAACUAUUUAUGAAAAUGCAAUUCUUGCAGGAGCACAGCCUAAGGAUGAGUUACGUCAUACAUUUGCAGAUGUUAUAAAGGCUAGACAAGAUCUACCAAAAACUGAUGAAUGCGUGAAGGAAGAAAACUCUGUAAAUCCUGAGGGACCAGCUGAAGCGGAGAUAAAAGAGGCUUUCAAGGAAGUCAGUUUGAAUAACGAAGUGGAGCAUAGUAAUGAAGCUUUUCUAGAAUCAACAGAAAUUUGCUCAAAAAUCAAAGAAGACUUUCCUAAGGAAAAAAACAAAAGUAAAGAACAGAUGCAGAAAGACUUAAAAAAUGAAGAAACUGCUACCAAUGCAGAGAAAGAUAGAAUCCUAGAGAUUCAAACUCCUGAAAAUGAAAAAUGCUCAUAUUUAAUAAAAUAUAAUUUGUCAACGACUUCCCAUUUGGAAAGCACAAAGAAAAGGCUGCAAUGUGAUGACUCUGCAAUUAAAAAUCUGAAAUUCCUAACACCUGUAAGACGGUCCUGCCGCAUCCAUGAAAAAGCGAAUAAGUUACCAAGUAUGCUGAAAGAUCACAGUCCUUGUGUUUCUUCGCUUGAACAGCUUGGAGAAUUUGGAGAUGAAGGCACUGGUUUCAUCUACAGACCAAACAAUGCUUUGCAAACUGUCAACACUGCAACUAUCAGUCAACAGGAGCAAAGCAGAGAAUGAAAGCACAUGUUUUUAUUUAAACCAAAAUUAACUCAGUGUAGGUGUUAAAUUCCUAUGGUUUAACUAACUUUUAAUUUAGCUUUACUGUUACUAAAUAAAUAAAAACACAUGUAAUAUGGAAAGAAUUGCUAUGCUUUAACAUGUAAAGGAGAUACAUUUAUACCAAUCUUACCACUGAAUGAAACCAUUAGAGAGCAUUUCACCAUUAAGAGACCAUUGAUGACAUUAAACUAAUUGUAUAAUGAGAUGCAUGUUGGGCACUUAAGUUAAACUUUGUGGGCAAGGAACAGAAGAACAUUGUGUCUAAUUUGUAGAUCUGAAGAUAAAUCUUUCCAAAUAAUGGCAAUUAGUCAUUAACCGUUUGAUAAUUUUCAAUGUGUUGAAUGUUAAUUCACUUGUACUGAUGUUGUAAACUUUUUAAAUUUACCUUUUUCAAAACUUGUCUGAAUUUCAUCUCUCGCUGUUGAGCUAUAUAUAUGUAUAUUAUAUUGUAUAAUAUACAUAUGUAUUCUAUGUAUGUUAGUGU